AUGGGAAGAGGAACAUUGAAAAGAGCUAUAAAUGUUGAGCAAGCUGAAGCCUGGGCAAUGUUAGAAGCUAUGCAAAUAGCAGCUUCAAAUGGCUGGUCUAAUGUCAUUUUUGAGACAAACAAUCUGAGUAUCAGUAACUUUUUACAGCAUCAAACUAGUCUUUCUCAGUGGCAGUGUUUAUCUCUUCUUAGAAAUUGUGUUAAUAUAUGUAAUAGUUACCCUAUGUGGUCUUGUGAGUUUGUUUACAGGUCUUGUAAUAAAGCUGCAGAUGCAUUAGCAAAGGCAGCUCGAAAACAGAAUUUAUGUGGGAUGUGGUGGGGUUAUCCACCCAACUUAGUAAUUCCAUACAUAAAUCAUGAUGUAAGUAAUAUGUUUAUAUAA